AAAAGGCACCAUAAUAACGGCACUUUUACGUCAAUUUAUGCGCGUUGAUUUAUGUCAAUUUACGCGAAUGAGUCGAUAAGGUUAUUUCACAACCUUUUUAGAGUGCUCGUGGAAUUUGGUGGAAUUCCCUUUCUUGUCAUUUCUCGUUGGAACAAGCUCAGUGGACUGCACGGAAAUGCGAAAAAGACAAAUAAGUAAGCGAUUGUAACGAGAUAUCGAUGGCAGAUUUAUUCGACAUCGCGAACCUGAUCACGGCCGUCGGUGUCGACGGCGUGAAGAUUAAGCAGGAACCCGGAGUGCCGGAGAAGUCGUCCAAUGAGAUCCUGACGGAACUUUUCAGCACCUUUGACACGCCGGACGACGGUGCCCCGUCGCCGUUGAACAGUGAUCAGCAGGUACCGAAUGGCGAAGCCAGCGAGCCAGAUAAGCUUCAAACGAAGAAGAAGAAGCUCAAGAAGAAACAUAAGUACAAAGAGAAGAAGCACAAGAAAAAGAAACAUGAUUCCUCGGAUAACGACAGCGAUGCAGAAGAUGUCAAGAAAAAGAAGAAGCACAAGAAGAAAUCCAAACGGAGGCGUGACUCUGUUUCCAGCAAGUCUUCUGACUUGGGUCACAGUAAAGCCAAAAUAUCAAAAAUGAAUGACAAUGGUGAUGUUGAAAGCAAAUGUAAUGAGGCAAAGUCCCAUCUCGAUGCAUCAGGAAAAACCAGUAUAAAUGAUGAGAAACAAAUGGAUGAUCAAUAUACAGAGAAAGAUUCAGAUGCACCAGAUAAACUCUUGGAUAAUUCUGAUAGUCCACGAUUACCACCUAUAUCAAAGAAGGCAAAUGAUGAAUUUGAUGAGCCAGUAAUACCUAAACUUCUUGAAAAACCGAAGCAGCCUAUUCAAGGAAAAAUAUUGAUAAAGGAUCUCAAGAAUAGUACGGUUUAUAAUGAAACAGUAAAAGAAAUAGAAAAUAAGGAGAAGGCAAAAGCUGCAAAAAUGGAAGAUGGCGAGCUAUCUGACAGUAGCAACGACAACAGGACACCUACUUUAAGUCCCACUCCACCUCGAAAUCGGUCAUCAUCAUUCAGUCCAAGUAGAGAUAAAAUAAGAGGCAAAAUGUAUAGUCCAACGAGAGAAUCAGUUGCUUCAAAAACGGAUCUUAGAUUAGUCUUGAAGGAAAAGGAAAGGAAAAGGAGUACAAGAGAUAAGGAUGGUCGUUCGCAAGACCGAAGAUCAAGAUCACGAACGCGAUAUAGCAGUAGAAGCGACAAAAAAGAAAGACAUAGAAGCAGAAGUAGAGAAAGGCGAGAUAGGGAUAGAAAUAGUGAAAGACGACAUUUGGGUAGAAGCAGAGAUAGACACAGAUACAGAAGCCACAGUGAAAAUAAAGACAGAUAUGCGCGAGGUCGAAGCGCGAGCAAGGAGAGAAAGGAGAGAAUAGAGAUUAAUAAGAAGAAGCUUUUAGAAAUAGCAAGGAGAAAUGUUAUAAGUAUGAUAAAACAAGGAACUCUGUCGGUAGCUCAGCAAGAUAAAGCUAUUGCUGCCAUACAAUCCGGUGGAAAAACAGUGGACGAACUCACAGAUUUUUGUAAAUCUUUAUCCAAGUCUGAAGCGUUAGGUGAAUUAUCUAGUAUCUCUUCUGAAGAUGAAGAAAGUGAAUCUGAAAAAGGAUUUCAUCAUCCUUUUCUUUUAAAAGAAAGACCUAGCUCUAUUAUAAUGAAUAUUAAGGACGCGAAACAGCUGCCAACAAAAACGUUUCAAGAGAAAACAGCUGAAACGUCAAAUCAACUGCGAUUGCAGUUUCCUGUUUCCAGUGGACAACAUCAUAGAAGAAGUGAAAACGAAUGGGUUCCUGUUACACCCAAGAAACCAGAACCAAAAAAGAUAUUUGUACCUGCUUCUACAAAUCUUUGUACAACUACACCAUUGGCUAUAAUGCCACCACCUGUGCCAACACCUGUACCACCUCCUGUGCAACCUGUUCAACCUGCGCAAACUGUUUUCCCAACGACAACGGAGCCUAUGGAUAUUGGUUCCAUUGUAUCUGAAAGAUUAGCAGCUAUAAGAAAAUUACGAGACAAUCCAAAUGAUGUAAGCGCUUUGAAUGCAAUGCAUCGGGCACAAAAUGAGAUGAGAAAUUGGGUUGAAAGUAAGCAGAUACCAGGUCAAUUUACUGGUAAUACUGGAGUUAAAGUGCUUACACCUGCAGAAUUGUCUUCAGGUUACCAAGCCUGGGCACGUAAGGAUCAAUUAGUAUCUGCACAGCCUGUAACAGGUGGGAUGGGUAUGGCGUUACUGCAAAAAAUGGGUUGGCGACCUGGUGAGGGUCUAGGCAAGAAUAAAGAAGGGGCCUUGGAACCAUUACAACUAGAAGUUAAAUUGGACAAAAGAGGAUUGGUUUCCGAGCAGGAUAUUAUGCAAAAAGUUAACAAAACUGCAAAGCCUACGGUGCCAACUGUCAAAACAUUGGAAGGCAAACAUCCAGUGUCACUUUUAGGGGAAUAUUGUACGAAGAAGAAACUAGGAGCACCAGUUUAUGAGUUGUGCUUUGAAUCUGGACCAGAUCAUAGAAAGAAUUUCCUCUUUAAAGUAAAGGUAAACGGCAAUGAAUAUAAGCCGAGUGUUGCAAGUUCAAAUAAAAAACAAGCAAAGGCAGAAGCAGCGCAAAUAUGUCUACAAACCUUAGGAUUACUGCCCUCUUAAUUUCGUCCGAUAUAAUGGUGACAAGGAGCAUGUAGAUUGCGCCAUUACGUAACAGUACCCUCUUCAAUUUUUCACAGAAAAAUAAAACCUGCCAUACAAGUAAUUUUGUAUCAUUCUUGGAGCAAUGUGGCAAAAGUCAACAAGUGACUGAUGUUGCCAAGACCUUAUUAAUUAUUAAACUAAUUCACUGUGGUGCAAUAGAUUAUAUUUUGUUCAUAGUAAGGUGUGCAUAAUUAUACAAAUAGCUGUAUAAAUUUCACAAGUACCAUUGCAAUAGCAAAAAGAUAUGAAUUGUAUUAUUACAAUAUAUAUUCAUCGAUCACUUGUAAAAUUAAAUAUUAAAAUAUUUCUUGCGAAUCCUUAGGAAACUAAAAAA